AUGUCGGUUUACCUGUCUAAUAAGCAAGUACCUAAUGCCAGAUCAUACCCUGAGUGCCAUCUUCAUUCUAAGUUUCUGCAAGCAAUUCUUCCCUACUGUGCAGCUUUACUCUACAAGUUCAAAAAGGAGUUGGACGAGAAGAUGCGCGGUGGUCAACUACUCGUGCAACAGGCGAUUUCCGUGCACACCAUGCCCUCAGUUCCAUUGUCAGUGGAGGUCGAAGGCUCUGAUCAGCAUCGCAGCUUGAGCGAGGGCAGCUUUCCAUGGGCAGUGCUCGUCUCGCUUUUCCUCCCAUUUCGCACGUUGGGGCGAGAUUUACUCUUGAUCGCCCAGGAAUUGCGCCACCACGAUGAUGUAUUGUCAGCCUUAAGUCACGGUACUCUCCUUGUUCUUGCCCGAACUAAGGAUUGGCGUCCGAAUGGCGAGAUAGGCGACGAGGUCUUCGUUAAGUUACCCGCCAACUACGAUAAAUUGAAGGAUACAGCAAAGCACCCAUACGCUAUUAUAAAGCUCGACGAAGACAAGUCGUGCGCCGCGCUCGGAGAAGACGAGCGGAAGGUGCAUGGUGAAGCCAUUGUCCCCCCUGGAUACACCCUCGCAGUUCCGAUGCCUGAGUUCAAGCCGUUCAUACUGGCUACACUUUUCUCGGUAGAGAAAAUACGCAUUCACCGACGACCAGAGUACUUGAAAAUCAUUGUAUCGGCUGGGCAGAUGAUAUCCGCCUCCUUCACCCUUGCAUCUACUUUUGGCGACCAGAGGGACCGAUAUGGCUACGCUGCCUAUGGGCUUUCGGUAUUCCCAUACGCCUUGAUGUCACUUGCGAACGCAAUCUGUUGCGCACUUAUCGGAGAGUAUUCAAGCAGGCACGUCCUCCGAACACACAUUCUGCAAGAAGCGGAGAGGAGAACGGAUGCUUUCUUCGACGGUGCUAUUGGCAGACCGGAUCCUUUUCCUGGUAUCAUACCUGCCGAAGGAUUUGAGAAGAAGCAUCUGUCGAUGAAGCAGGAUGGAGAAAGAAAGCUCCUCAUCAUGAGAUCGCUCACAGGCAUGGAAGAGCAAACCUUCAUACUCGACGAGCAGAACACGCAGAACUCAUCGGAUACGUCUUUCCGCGUCGAUCUCACUAUUUCCCCCCUCCUCGAUGGUAUCGGUCCUACACCUGACCCUGCGUUGUCGCGGGACACGUUUUUGCCCGCGUCGCAGCAAGAGUACGCAGCAAUUCUCGUGUGCCUUCUGCUGACCAUGGGUUUGCCAUAUGCAGUCAUAUACGGACUGACCCGUUUCCACGACGGUCGAAGCACCAUCACCGAGCGCGUGAUGAUGAUGCUGUGGCUUGCUGCGAAUCAAUUAUCCGGGUUGGGAAUCGUUUUCUACUCGGCUUUCUUGAGGAUAUCCCAGGAUAGUCUCAAGGAUGCGACUUCCCGGUGGGACACCUGGCGUCGUCCCAUGGGCGCGGCUUUCCGGUGGGGCACCUGGCAUCGUCUCAUGGACGCGGCUCGGUGCAAUGGUUCGGCUGUGUGGAAAGCAUCCUGGCGUUGGCUCAAGGAUGCGCCGUCGCUCAAGAAUCAUUUUAAGUUUAGGCGCGAGGGAAACUCCGCAAAGCCCAGCGACGCAAAGCCCAGCGACUGGCUGCCCCGCGCCUAUGUCGCCUUCCUGGUGCUGCCAGCCGCAGGAGGGCUCAUUAUGUCAACGUUCUAA